UGCAUCACUUCCGGGACCCCUCCAUCCCGCCGCCCCCCCCCCAUCACAAGAAGAAAGAUGGCGCCCGUUUAGCGCGCAGACAUGGGCGACUGCGCGCUGUGUUUACGGCAAGCGGAGGCGUUGAAGGCGGACAUGGCGGAUGGCUCGCUGAGCGCCGUUGACGUGUGGACGUCCCGCCAGAACCUGCAGGACGUCUACCAGAAGAUGCUGCUCACAGACCUGGAGUACGCGCUCGACAAGAAGGUGGAGCAGGACCUGUGGAACUACGCCUUCAAAAACCAGAUCAGCAGCCUCCAGGGCCAGGCGAAGAACAGAGCCAACCCCAACCGUGGGGAUGUGCAGACCAACCUGGGGCUCUUCCUGGAGGCAGCCAGUGGCUUCUACACACAGCUGCUGCAGGAGCUGUGCGUGGUGUUUGAGGUGGACCUGCCCUGCCGCGUUCGCUCCUCCCAGCUGGGCCUGGGUAUCGGACCGACGCCGCCUAUGGAGCCGGCCAUCGUGAAGCCGCAGCCCAACUCCUGCCUCUACAUCUGCCAGCACUGCCUCGUCCACCUGGGAGACAUCGCUCGCUACCGCAACCAAAUCAGCCAGGCGGAGUCAUACUACAGGCACGCUGCGCAGCUGGUGCCUUCCAAUGGCCAGCCGUACAAUCAGCUGGCGAUCCUGGCGUCGUCGCGCGGAGACCACCUCACCACCAUCUUCUACUACUGCCGGAGCAUCGCCGUGCGCUUCCCCUUCCCGGCGGCCGGCACCAACCUCAGCAAGGCGCUGUCCAAGGCCAUCGAGGGGAGGGAGGAGCCCAAGGUGAAGAUGGGGCUGCUGGAUUUCCUGAAGCUGUUCAUCCGCUUCCACGCCCACGUCUACCUUGGCAAGAGCCUGGACCGCCUCGCCUCACUCAGCCACAAGCUGGAGGAGGCAUUCAAGGGGCUGCUGGCCGUCAGGGCACUCUCUGCCCAGCAGCUGGUGCACCUGGUGGUGGUGACGCUCUUCCAGAUGCACCAUCUGCGCGAGGGUGGCGGCGGCGGCGGCGGUGGUGCCGUCGAAGAACAGCAGCCCGAGGCCGAGCAGCAGCAGCAGCAGCAGCACGACGACAAUGACGACGACGACGAUGAUGAGACGCGUUGGACAAACGCGCUCACGCUCUACAGCGCCCUGCUGGACGGGUUGUGCCGCUACGCGGUGCUGCCGGUAAGUGAGGAGGUGCGGGCGCCGUCGGCGCUGCCGGCCGUGAAGGUGGCGCUGGAGUGGCUGGGGGCCCGUCCGGUGGUGGUGGAGCACCGAGCGCUGCAGCAGCACUGCCAGCUAUGGCCCAGUUUGGCGCGGCUUCUCAACAGCCUCCAGUCAGCACCAAGCGACCUCGACGGUACAGACGCCCAGUCCAGUGCCCCCCUGCCAGAGGAGUUUGAGCUGCAGGGCUUCCUGGCUCUCAAGUGCGACACGAGGGCUCUGGAGUUCACGCGGGGUCACCAGGGCGUGGCCACGGAGAAGGACGGCCUGCAGCAGCGUGUGCGCCGCUUCCGCAUCUGCGCCCUGGGCAGGAGGCUCGCGCUGGCGCACCCCAGCGUUCUGCAGUGCACCAUUGAGAACGGGCUGCUCAAGUUCAGCUCGCCCGUGCCCGAGGUGAUCGUGGACGAUGUUCUGUCGCGGGCGGCGCUUGCGGCGACGACUCCGCCGGCAUCGGCGGCGGCGGUGGCGGUGGCAGAGGAGGAGGAAGAUGAAGAGGAGGAGGAGGAGGAGGAGAGGGACGAGGAGGGGAGGAUGGGCACGACGGCGCCAGCGGACGACGAUGUCGAGGCCAAGCGGGAGACGCCGGUGGCCCCUCAGACGGCCGCGCCACGGCACCACCGGGGACUGACGGGCGCCUCGCCGGACGUCCCGGAGAGCCUCGAGGGCCCUGACGUCGCCAGCAGAAGCCCUUUCAGCAAGCCUUGGGGCUCCAGCAUCCACUCGCCGGCGCCGGGGAGGGACCGCGGGGAGACGGAGGGCGGCAGGGUGGUGGCGGCGGUGGUGCCUGAGCGAGCCGGAGGAGGAGGAGGAGGAGGAGGCGGACACAGCCCCCGGUUUGACCUACCCUGGGCAGAGUCGAGGCGGCGCUGCGGCGGAGACACGCGCAGACACAACGUGGCCGUGCAGAAGGCUGUGCCGCAAUCUGCUCUCCCGCUGGUGGCGGAGCACCAGAAGCCUCAGCCGGUGCAGCCGGGCCUGGGACCCCUGGCUACGGCAACGGUUCCUCCCGCGGUGGCGUUCCCACCGGCACCGGCACCGCCGCCGCCUUCUGCACUGCACGUGCCGGGCAGCUUCCCGGCCCUACCGGGGCGACCGGACCACCCGGCCCAGCCCUUCGCAAUGCCACCGCCGCCGCAGCCGCAGCAGCAGCAGCAGCAGCCGCAGCCGGCGCCGGCGUCGGCAGUGUCGCUCUCCUACCCGGCGGUGCCCGGUUUCCCCUACGGCGCCGGCAGCGGGGCCGGGGCACCGCCGGGGGUGGCGGGGACGGCUCCGUUGCUGGCGCCAUUCAUGCAGGCCCCGCCGGGCGCCCACAGCCCGACGGGGAAGCCGUCGCACGUCCCCUACAGCCAGCAGCGCGUGGCCGGCACCGUAGGGAACGGGGGGGGCGGCCGCGGCCGCGGCCGCCACCGCCGCCGCCGCGUUAGCGGCGGCCGUGGCCGCGGCGGCCCCGCCACCGCGCUCCCCCGGCGCAGGACGCGCCGGCUCCCCGGCCGUGCAGCUAAGUCCCUGUCCGACAGCCAAGCUCAGAACUGGCCGCACUAUGGCGGGAAGACUUUACACCCACUCUCCAUGCAGCAGCAGCAGCAGUUGGUUCAACAGCAGCAGCAGCAGUUAGUGCAGCAGCACCUUGCUCAGCAACAGCAGCUGCAGCAGCAGCAGCAGCAACAGCAUCAGCUCUUUCAAAAGAGCCCUCUGGCUAACCUGCUGUCGCAGAUUGCAAACCUUCACCAUCAGCAGCAGCAGCAGCAUCCACUUCAUUACCAGCAGCAGCAGCAGGUGGAUAAAUCGGCAGGGCGGAUGAAGACGUACGGCACGCGGCUCGGGGUGACGGAGCCGCCCUGCGACUCCCCCAGCCGGCCGUGCGUCUGGGAGUCCGCCUACGGGCUGUCCGGGCAGUGGGGGGUGCCCCUGCAGCCGGGGUCGGGACAGCCCGGCCACGGCGGCAUGAAGCAGCCGUCGUCGAUGGACAUGGACACGUACGACGUGCGGGCCAUGGAGAGCGAGCGGGAGACCUUGGUUGGCGCCAGCACCAACGCCGUGGGUGGCGGCGGUGGGCGUCCCGACUUCUGCCAGGCGCCAGGAGCUCCCGUGGUCAAGACGAACUUCAUGGGGGGACGGAUGCGGCAGGACCAGUCUCCCGAACGCCACGGGAUGCCGGCUCCCUUCCCAACGUCGUUUGGGGGUGGCGGCAGCGGCGGCGGCGGCGGCGGCGGCGGCACCGCGUUCACGCAGAUGCACACCGUGUUCAGUGAGCCAUACGGCAAGCGCGGUGAGGGCGGCAUGGGCCUCACCUCCUCCUCCACCUCCUGCUCCUCAUCGGCAUCCUCGUCAUGCCGGCCCAGCCUCCUCUCCGACAUCUCGCGCCCGUACACGCUCUUCGACUCCAACUCCUGGUCGCCGGCAUUCGGCAACUCCGAGCACUCCACCCCGGCAAGCCAGUCACCCCAGAGCUCCCAACCCAGCUCCCCUCCGCCGCCCUCCUCCAUGUUCGGGCCGAUCGGCACCCUGGAUCCCACAGACCGCCGAGCUACCACCUCAACCACCGCCGACCGCUGGAACGGGAAGAGGCCAGAGAAGCCGGGAGCGGCGAGUGGCUACGGGCUGGAUUACCUCCCAUCGGACGCCACGUGGCCCCCACCUCCACGCGUCCUCCCGUCUCAGGCGCUGCACGCGACAUCCCGUGGCGGCGGUGCCGCGCCGUGGAUGGGUGCCCAACACGCCAGCGAGCCCCCUCCCAGCCUUGCUGACAACCUCAAGUCGCUGUGGUCGAACUCGGUGAUGCAGCCGGGGCCGCUGGCGCUGGAGCAGCUGCUGAUGCAGCAGAAGCAGAAGCAGUUCAAACCUGGGCCAGUCCAACCCUCCACACUGAAGGGACGCGCCGCCAUCUCGCUCGGAAUAGAAACCCUCGGCAGCGCCAGCGGCGGAAAUCCGCGGCGGCCGCGGCGGCGGCGGCGGCGGGCGGCCGGCGGCGGGCGGCGGCUGCCUCAGCAGCGCUUCUUUGACGGAGUGGCGAAAGGGAGGAGCCAGCCUCCCUCGCUUCCCUCCGCCUCUCUCCACCGAAGCAUUUGGGAAACCAAAAAUUUAACCGAAUAAAUGUUGAAAGCCGGCGAUUUCGGCGAAAACGCCAUCGCCGGCGCGGCAAAAACGUCGCCAUCUCCCCUUAGACGCAACGCCGGUAGCGGCGGCCGAGCCGGCGAUGCCGAUGCGGCGGUCGAGCCGGUGAUGCCGAUCCGCCGGCGUGCGUCUGUGGUCCGUUCGUCGUCGGUUUGCUCGCUCUCUGAAAGCCCGCCUGCCCGCCGGCCAUCCGUCACGCGGGCGGGCGCAGGCUUGGGUUGGCACUGAGCGUCUGGAGCCGCGGCCGGGGAAGCCGGGCGGAAAGUCUCUCCGCGUUGCCCUCGUUUAUUUUAAUUUUUAUUAGUAUUUUUCGCUCUCUCUGUCUCUCUCGUUUUGACCACGCUGCUCCCCCGGCUUGUUUUCGUGAGGACCCGAAGGAAGCGGGGGAUGGGUGGCGGUGGGGGAGAGAGAGAGAGAGCUGAGAGAAAAAAAAAGGGAAUUCCACCCAAACCGCUUGGUCGAGGACGUUGGGUUGGCAGCAGCGGCCGCGGCGGCGUUUCCAUUGCGCCGGUUGAGCCUUUUCUGUCCGUGGGCGAUCGAGGGCAGGGCACUCUUUGGCAAGGCCACCUGCACGCGACGGUGGAUGGCACGACACGGCACGGGGGCGCGGUUGUGUCGAGGAGGAGGAGGAGGGGGGG